CACCGAUCCAACUUCCGCUUCCGAGAGGCAAGGAACCGCAACAUCAACAUCCACAGACUGAUUCAGUUUAUCACUUGAAAUUUUUGCACUAAAAUUGGAGUCUGAGGAUGUCGGGACAGAAGCGUCCUGCUGACCCCAGCGGUCCUUCGUCCUCCGGUGCACCCCCAGAGAAGCGUAGAGAGAGGGAAGGAGAGGAUGGGGGACCGGGUGUCAGCGCCGCUGCCGGGGGGAGCACCGCGGUGGAGACGGUCAUCAAACUGGGAGGAGUGUCCAACUCGGAGGAACAAGACAUCAAAGCUCUCCAAGCAAAGAACAGGAAGCUGGGUGAAUCUCUUGAUCAGAGACAGGUUAUUGAAGAUGAAUUGCGAGAGCGAAUUGAGAGAUUGGAGACUCGCCAGGCCACUGAUGAUGCCAGUCUACUGAUCCUCAAUAGAUAUUGGAACCAGUUAGAUGAUAACAUUCGGCUGAUCAUCAGACGUUAUGACCAGUCGAGCAGAGAACCAGAGAAAUCUCCAGCAGGUGAGGGACGCAGCUUGAAACCAGAAACUCCAGAACCAGAUGGAGACUCCAACCAGGAAAGGGCCAAGGACAGAGGCCACCAAGGAGAGACAACAAACUCCUUUCUGGCUACACUUGCCAGCAGCAGCAGUGAGGAGAUGGAAGCAGAACUCCAAGAGAGGUUGGAGUCCAGCCACAAGCAGGCCAGUCGUGUGGUAGAGAUAUACGAGUGUCUUAGGAACACUGUGGAUCAAAUUAAGGCUGAGAUGGACUUUGGACCAGAGGGUUGUUUGUGGCAGGCAGCGUCUAAACUCAACUCCCUCCUGACCAGUGAAAAUGAGCGACUACAGCAGCUGACAGAGGACUUAAAGCAGAAGCAUAGUCAUAUGACCAGUGAGUCGCGGCCUCUGGGACGUGCAGCAAACAAGGCGGACCAGCGUGUCACUGAGCUACAGGCUCUGAUUGAGGAGCUACAGUGGGACAUGGAGAAGAUCCGACGCAGAGAGAACAGACUCAAUGCGCAUCUGAUUGAGAUACUGGAGAGGGUGAACAGUAAAGGCUAUAAGGUGUGUGGGGAGGCCAGCAGUGUGUGUGGAACCAUCACCAUUAACAAAAGAAAGUUUGAAGAAAUGAACAGUGAAUUAGAGGAGAAUCGUGAGCUGGCUGAUAACCGCCUCAUUGAGUUGCAGAAGCUGCAACAGGACCUGCAGAAUGUCCACCAGGAGAACAACAGCAUGAAGGCUGAGUUGUUGAGUCGGGCAGAAGGUUUGGUAAAAGAGACAUCCGAGUAUCGCUGUCUGCAGUCCCAGUUUUCAGUACUCUACAAUGAGUCUCUGAUCCUCAAGGCCCAGUUAGAUGAGACCCGCGCUAGACUCAACACUACAAGAACAGCACGCCUUCGACAGCUGGAGCACAUGGAGAAUGAUGAGGUGGCUUUGCAGAGGAAGGUUCGAACAGAGGUGUUUCAGCUGGAAGACACACUGGCUCAAGUGAGGAAGGAAUAUGAAAUGUUGCGCAUUGAAUUUGAGCAGACUCUCGCAGCCAAUGAACAAGCAGGGCCCAUCAACAGGGAAAUGCGUCACCUGAUUAGCACACUACAAACCCACAACCAGCAGAUGAAGGGAGAGGUGGUGAAAUACAAGAUGAGACUGAGGGAGACCCAAGCUGAGCUAAACCAGGUCCGUUCAUCCAAAGGCAGCGCCAUCCUCCAAUCACAGUCAAGCACAGAGAUGGAUGUGAAGGAGGAGACCACCUCUCCUUCAACACCAGCAGUUUCUGGGGAGCCUGUAGUCAAGACAGAACCUGACAACGGCUCCUCUACACCAAGCAGCACCGGUGCCUCAGUAAAAACCGAGCCUGGAGUUGAACCUGAGGCCACAGUCAAGGAGGAGGAGAAAGAGGAGAAGAAAGAGAAGGAGGAAAAGAAGGAGAAGGACAUUGUAAAAAAAGAGGAAAAAGACAGAGAGCGGGAGAAGGAGAAGGAAAAGGAGAGAGAAAGGCCGACCCGUAGCAGUGGGAGUAGCAGCAGCAGCAGCAGCAGUGUGAUAAAGGAGGAGAAGGAGAAACCUGGGAGCAGCAGCAGCCAACCUGAGGAGUCGGCAGCAGAACGCCUGUCCAUGGUGGGAGGGUCAAAGAGGAAGGAGAUGGAGCAGCUGAAGAUAGUCCGAGCAGAGCUCAAGAAAGCCCAGGAGUCCCAGAGGGAGAUGAAGCUUUUGUUGGACAUGUACCGUUCUGCACCAAAGGAGCAGAGGGACAAAGUCCAACUCAUGGCUGCAGAGAAGAAGGCUAAGUCAGAGGGAGAAGAGUUGCGACAAAGGCUGAGGGAACUGGAGGAGAGAGAAAGGAGAGAGGGCAAGAAAAUGGCAGAUGAAGAGGCCCUUAGGAAGAUCCGCUCUGUGGAGGAACAAAUAGACAUCCUCAACAAGAAGCUCUCUAUUGCAAAACAGGAGGAGGAUGCACUGCUCAGUGAGAUGGACGUGACGGGCCAGGCCUUCGAGGACAUGCAGGAACAAAAUAUCCGUCUGAUGCAGCAACUCAGAGAAAAAGAUGAUGCCAACUUCAAGCUGAUGAGCGAGCGGAUCAAGUCCAACCAGAUCCAUAAGCUCCUAAAAGAGGAGAAGGAGGAGUUGGCUGACCAGCUGCUCACUUUAAAAACUCAGGUUGAUGCACAGCUGCAAGUUGUGAGGAAGCUUGAGGAAAAGGAGCGCCUCCUGCAGGGUACCAUCAGCACUGCAGAGAGAGAGUUGGCACUAAGGACACAAGCUUUGGACAUGAACAAACGCAAGGCUCAGGAGUCGGCACUGCUGUCGGAGGAGGUGAGGACUCAGCUGGAGCAGGUUCAGCAGAGGCUCAACUUGGUCAGAGAGGAGGUUGUAGAAAACAGUAUCUCCAGGGAGAAAGAGUCUUUCAACGCCCGACGAGCACAGGAGGACAUAUCCAAACUUCGGAGAAAGAUUGAGAAGGCCAAGAAGCCAGCUGAGAAAAUCAGCAACGGAGAUGAGAUUCUAAAUGAAGAAAUCAAUGAGUACAAGGCUCGUCUAACGUGCCCGUGCUGCAACUCUCGAGUGAAGGAUGCAGUACUGACCAAGUGCUUUCACGUCUUCUGCUUCGAGUGCGUCAAGACACGCUACGACACUCGCCAGAGGAAGUGCCCCAAAUGCAACGCCGCCUUCGGAGCAAAUGACUUCCAUCGCAUUUAUAUCGGCUAAGACGCACAGUAUCCUCACUAAUACUGGGGAUGGAAGAGUGGGGGGUGGGGGGGCUGCCUGGAGCAAGACUCACCACUGUGUCCAGUCCCGUCCUAGUCUGAGUACAGGACAGUAUCAGUGUGAGAGUCCACUCAUUCCAGCCUUGUAAGGCGUCCUGAACUGAUGCUAUUUUCUUUUUUUUUUUUUUUUUUUUUUUUUUACAAUAUUUGAAUGCAUCUUCUAUCCAGUAUCAGCUUCUUCAUGUACGAAUUAGGAUGCAGGAAGAAAUACAGAGAAAUAUGAUUCUCUUGGCAUCACAUACAGAACUUUGUGUGUUUCUCUGAGUGUGUGGGUGUGUGUGUGUAUGUGUGUGUAUGUGGGAAAACAAGCAAUUACACAAACCAGCACACAAAAAUAGUACAGAGAAAACAGCAUUGCUCCUAAUAUAGUGAACAUUUGUAAAACGUGGGCGUUUAUGUACAUACUGUAUGUCAUUGUUUUCUUUUUUUUUUUUUUUUUAUUUGAGAACAGUCUCUUCCUGCUCCAAUCUGUCCUGAAUCCUGUAAGAUCUUGAAGUGAUGCUGUUAUUGUGUUAUUAAAACUGAUUUCACAAGUUCA